GUGUGAUGGCUACCGCUCAACAUCUUAGUUCUGGGAGUAUCAACGUCGCGGUUAUUAGAGACGCGGCUAGACGAGAGCUUCUCGACUGUCUCGACCGAUGUGAAGGAACGAAAGCUUUGGUGUGGGAUGAUGGUUUGACUGGCCCGUUCGGUUUAAUUGCUGAGUACACCCUUCUGAAGGAUCACAAUGUGACAAAAAUGGUUCUCAUCCAGUCUGACCCAGUUCCGGCCGGCAGCGUCCAACAUGUUGUCUUUCUUUGUCGUCCUCUUAUACAUCUGAUGGACAGAGUAGCCGAGUUCAUCAAGAGGGAUGACCAUCCUGGAACAAGCAAAGAGUACAGUAUUUUCUUUGUGCCUCGAAAGACUUUAGUAUGUGAAAGGAGACUGCAGGAUUUAGGCAUCAUGGGGACGUUUGCCAAUAUAGAUGACUACAGUCUGGACAUCUUUCCAUUUGAUAGUGAUGUGUUAUCGAUGGAACAUUCAAUGGCCUUUCGAGAAUCAUACUUGGAAGGAGAUUUAACAUCCAUGUUUUACGUUGCUAAAGCAAUCAUGCUAAUACAGACUCUAUAUGGCAUCAUUCCACAUAUUUAUGGCAAGGGUCAUUGUGCUCGUCAUGUGGCUGACAUGGUGCUACGGAUGAGACGAGAAGCUCCGCGUAGUCUCACAUCUCAACCUCCACAGUUUGAUACUCUUCUGCUACUUGACAGAAACAUUGAUCUACUGUCACCACUCAUAACACAACUAACGUAUGAAGGACUUAUUGAUGAGUUCUUUGGCAUUCAGAAUACAAAUUGCAAACUUCCUGCUGACAAAUUCAUUGACCCAAAUGAAGCAAAAGGCAGUGAGCAAGGAGCAAUGGCAUCUACCUCCACUCAGAAAACAGUCACCUUGAACUCUGCAGAAGAACUCUUUGCAGAACUGAGAGAUCUCAACUAUCAUGCCGUGGGACCAUUGCUCAACAGAAGGGCAAAGCAUGUCAAGGAAGCAUUUGAGGAGCGUCACGAUGCAAAGACUGUUGGGCAAAUCAAACAAUUUGUGACCAGACUGCCUCAUAUUCAGGCGUCUAGGCAGUCAUUGAGUACACACACAUCAAUAGCCGAACUGCUGAAACAAAAGAUAACAGAUUCGUCGUUUAUGAAUUCUCUACAUAUGGAGCAAGAGCUAUUUCAAGGAGUUGAUACUGAUAAGAUACAUCCAUAUAUUGAGCAGCUUAUUGCACAACAGUCUUCUCUCGUAAAGGUGCUUCGUCUCAUGUGCAUCCAAUGUAUUGUGAAUAAUGGCUUCAAACAGAAAGUUUAUGAUUUCUACCGGAAAGAAAUUCUUCAGACAUAUGGAUUUGAGCAUAUGAGAACUUUGCAACGACUUGAGCAGGCUGGGUUGUUGAGGCUAUCUGGAGUGAGAACAUACAAUGCUGUCAGAAAGACACUUCGUCUGACUGUUGACGAAGUGAAUGAGCAAAAUCCUACUGAUAUUGCAUAUGUGCAUUCUGGUUAUGCACCACUGACAGUGAGAUUGGCUCAGUAUCUCAACAGACCAGAGAAAUGGAGAGGAUUAGAGGAGGCGAUGAAGCUUCUCCCUGGUCCUAUAAUAGACGAUGUGCAGUCGUUACCCUCUGGCAUGGAAAAGGGACGUCAAAAUCUCGCUGCUGUUGGUUCUUAUGACAAUCCAAGAAUUGUCUUAAUCUUCUUUUUGGGUGGCUGCACGUAUGCUGAAAUUUCUGCAUUACGGUUUCUGUCUCAACAAGAAGAAGGCCAAACUGAAUAUGUGAUUGCAACAACAAAACUCAUCAAUGGCUCUAACUGGCUUCAAACAAUGAUAGAUUAAUUGUAACGAUUAGCUGAUGUCUCUCUCUAUGAAACAGCAAUUGAAUAACAACAUGGAUACAUAG